AUGGCAUCCGUUGGUGACACACAGAUCCGAAAACAAUUACGGGCUUGCAGGCGCCGUCAGAGACGUUAUCUAAGUUUGAAAAGUUCUAAAUCUUCCAACAAAAGAAAUUCUAAUCUUGAAAGCUCUGACACAAACUCGGAGAAAGUAUACAUUGUUCAGAGUAUUCUCGAUGAAAGAAUUGUUAAAGGACAGAAAUACUACAAAGUGCGUUGGGAGGGAUUUCCACCCGAAGCAGAUAGUUGGGAACCAGAAAAAAAUCUCACUAAUGUAUUAGAUAUAAUUUCCGAGUUCCAUAGUGGCUCAAAAAGUAGAAUUUCAAAGAACUUAGAUAUACAUAAAAAUUGCCACACAGUUUUCGAAAACUCUCCAGCUUCCGUCCCAACGCCUCCUGCUACACCAUGUUCAGUACUUCAAAACUCACAUAAUCCCUUGAGAGGCUCUAGUGAAGAGCGACAGUUGAAUAAAUCCAUGAAACGUAAGCAUUUUACGAAGUCACGCACUGGCGGGAGAUAUGAAUAUGUUCCAAAACACCAGUUAGUUGCUUCAAAGACAAAAUAUUUCGACGAUAUUCGAGAUGGAAAAAUCGACCUGUGUUCGAAUGAUCUUUAUUCACGUGUUAAAACCCGCAAGCGCUGCGCUGCUGAGUCUGCUAGCAACUCCGUAAGCAAUGAAUCUACUCAGAGUCGAAAUGGCAGCCUUCAAGGGGAGAUAGAAUUAGAAUGUGAUACCUCUAUGGAGCAUUUUUCAACAUGUUCUCCGAAACGUGACCCAGUAUCACCAUCAUUUUCAUGUUUCGGUACCAACGAAUCCCUUCGAGACUUCAGCUGCACACUUCCUAAUGAUGAGCAGAGCCAGCCCAUGUUUCCUGCAGGAGGUUCUGAACAUUAUCAUCCUGAAAUAACCAAAAAUCUAGUUACCACAAAUGUUUCUCCAUCGCAUCAGUCAGAUAUUUCGAAGUUUGAUAGUAAGGCUGUUCAGUCAGAAUUCCAUCCAAAUUCUUCAAAAGGGAUAUCUUGUAACCUUUAUCUCUGUGAUUCCAUAUCCAAAGUAGAUAUUGGAUUGUCUCCAAUAUCUUCACAUCCAUUAGAUAAUAAACCACUCCGGGCGUUUGAGAGAGAAAGUACCUCUUAUUUUAAUGUUGUGGAACAACCAGGAAAUUCCCACAACCUGUAUGAUAAACUAUAUGAACGGAGCGUUUCAUCACUACGCACACUUGUAAAUAUUUAUUUUAAUUUAAUUCUAUCUCAUAUUUCAAAUGAAGAUGAAAUAACCCAUAGUGAACAGCCAACCGACUUUCAUCAUGAGCUUAGAUGUCUACCGCACUUAUGUGUCUAUAAUCACUUAACCUCCAUUCAGACACCCGGUGAAUUCCUAAAUGCUAUCAAUAACCAAAGAUGGAGUCUUAUCGCCACUAUGCCCUCGAGGAACUUGUUUUCAGAAAGCUCUCAAGCUCAAAAAAGCAGUACUUAUUCGUUGUCACCAGAAAAGACGUCUGAAUCUCGCAAAAGUGAUAACAAACCGGAUUUAGAGGAAGAUAUUCGUUUCAAAGAGGAUGCGUUAUUGGCAUGUAUCACUGGGGGCGCAGGUAGACCCUUAGUUUUAGACCGACUGCUUACUUCUGGAUUGGAUCCUAAUAAGGUUAUUGAACCUAAUUCUAAAUGGCCAUUAUUAGCUUUAGCGGUUUGUUUGGGUCGUUUACAUGCUGCUCAAGCAUUACUUGAUGCAGGUGCUAAGCCUAAUUGUGUUGAACCCAACCGUCGACAACGAUCAGCUCUUGGUUUAGCGAUAGCAGCAGGAGAUGUUGAUAUGGCUAACAUGCUUAUUUUGUCUGGAGCGAACUUUUACGAGGUAGAACCCGGGACAACGGCCCUUAAUCUGAUCAUGAAGUUAUUAAAUGCCCAUUUGUCUUCACAACAAAAUCCAAAAAUUAACUAUCGUCAAAUAAAUAAGUCAUAUCUUGCUCUUGCAGAACUUCAAGAUAAACUACACAGUAUGGAUAGUCAAUUUCCUCCCGUUCCUUCACCUUCCCCACCUAAUGGACUCAAUGUCCCAAGCUUACCUAAAUCCCACAUUUUUAAUGCACUUAUAAGUUCAAGCAUGGGAAAUCACUAUGACUCUUCUCAGUUAAAUAAUAUGGAUAGCAACAUUUCUAAAUCCAGUAAUGCUUUACCGUCUGUAGAUAGUUUACGCAGACUUCAUGAACUUAUUGUGGCGCACCAUGCCCGUUUAUCAGUGAGUGUCACUAAUUUAGUACGAACGUGGCUUACUCGGGCUGAUCUUGUCCAAGUUGGAUUAGUGUCACCUUGUCAGUGGAUAAGCGUACGUCAGUGUUCUGCUUCAGUAAAAUUUUCUUGGCCAAAUGAAUUAAGCAAUCCAAAGUUACAACCAAGUCGUGUAGUUGCACCCAUCUUGAUUUUAGUUCAUGGUCGAAUAGCACCUCCUGCUUGUUACGAUGUUUGGAUGGAUGAUGAUGGGCCUUGUGUUAUAGAACGCGUUUGUCUUGAUCAAACAUAUAACCAGAGGGCAUUAAAUCGAAUGCUGUUUGUAACUACGUUAUAUCCACUUGAUUGGAAUUCAUCAAAACCUCAAGAACAUGAAGUAUCAAUCGACUUCAAACCACACAGUAUUUCAUCCAUUCAUUCUACACGUCCGACAUGUGUUGCAAUUAUGAUUAUCGCUGCUGCUCUAUCCCAAUCCAAUAA